GCCCACAUAUCUAUUUUCCCCUCUUCCAUCUCUGCUCACAACUGGAAAGAAGAACCAAAAAAACCCUAAUUUUCAAAAAAAAAAAAAAAAAAAUGAAACAAAAUUAAAUUUUUGUUUUUGAUUUUUCUCAAUGAUGAGAGGAACCAAACGAUUCGCUCCGUCUGAUUCAAAAUCGUUCACAGGCGAUUCACAGAUUCAGGGCAAAAAACUAAUGGCUGGAUCAAUUUUUGAUUCACAAAAGGCUGAACAAUCCCAACCGCAAACAACGAAGACUCCACAGUUAGAUAUGCAAAGGGCUGAAUCAUCUAGACAGCAUGUGAGAGCUCUCAAUACUCAGUUCACAAGUUGGGUCCAAACGCAGUUACAGAACCACCCUGAUGAACUUUGGGAAGAUGGAAUUCAAGACUACUUAAACCACUCUUCGACUAUCAAGGAGAAGUUUAGUGACAUUGUGAAUUGGCUUAAAGCUAAUUCUUCCAAUGGAGAGAAUAAAUCUGCACUGGGAUCCCAAGCUGCUUCGAAGACCCUAGAGUCAGUAAUAAAUAAGGAGAGUGAUGGUAAAUUAUCUUUUCCCAAACCUGCUGUUCCUGUGGCUAAUUCAUCUUCAAGUUUUGGUGCAUCAUGGAGCUCAGGAGGUCUCUUUAACAACACAAGUCCCUUUUCAUUUGGGCUCCAAUCUUCAGUACAAACCCAAAAUGCAGUACCUGCGAAAAUUGAUACUGCAAAUGAUGUCCAAGAUGCUGAAGAUGAAGUGGAGCAGCCAAGCAGCCCUUCGGUGAAGAAGACUGAAGAAAAGGGAGUCACUGUAGUUCAUGAAGUCAAAUGUAAACUUUAUGUGAAGUCAACUGAUCCAGCGGAUAAAGAUGCAUGGAAAGACAGGGGGACUGGUCAGCUUUCUAUUAAGUGUAAAGAAGGUGUUAGCAGGGGUACCCGGGAAUCCAAACCAACUAUCUUGAUACGAAAUGAUGUUGGAAAGAUAUUGCUUAAUGCAUUGUUAUAUCCAGGCAUUAAAACAAACUUGCAGAAGAACUCCAUUGUUGCAAUAUUCCAUACCUCGGGUGAUGGUGACAACGAUGAUGUUGUCGCACGGACAUUCUUGAUAAGAACAAAAACAGAGGAGGAUCGAAAUAAAUUGGCAUCAGUCAUCCAGGAACAUGCUCCUGCUGCCUGAGAACUACCCUGGCAGCAAUUUUCUGUUUGUACCAUUACCCACCUCCGGGAAGGACGGAUGCUUGGAAUGGAUCGCCUUAACUCUUCGACAGUUUCGUGGAAGACUCUUGACGGUCUAGCAGUUAAAUUAUAACUUAGCUUAUUUUGCAGGACAAAUGUACUGAUCCUGCAAUUGUGGGAAGUCCUGUCCCAUCGAGAGGCUUUUAUACACUAUUGUACAGAGGAAAGAUUCGAGAUAUGCUAGUGCCCAACAGAAGGAAAAGAAAUUGUACCCCAUUAUUAUUGUUGGGAAAAAGUAGUACCUUAUUUCAUUCAAUUUUUCCAUCUUUCCCUAUCUGUAUUUUUCAGUAGCUAAACGCCCUCAAUGGCAAAAUAGGCUGCUAUUACCAAACUUAAUCUAUUUGUGACACUUUUUGAGUA